CUUCUUUAGACAGGCUCCCCUUUCAACUGAAUUUCAAGUCUAUCCCUAUUCCCGUCUCGUUAAAUAUCAUUCAUUUUGCGCCACUGCCAGCAACCCAUCCUCGAUUCUUUUUGACAUUUUCUUCGACGCACCAUGACGGACUGUAACCAAUAUUUCAAACUUGAAGUCAUGAGAGGAAAAAAUCUCGAUGUUCCCUCUUUUCGCAUACCUGUAGGCAUUUACGUGUCUGUCUUUAUUGACUCGAAGAGAUGCUGGAAGUCAACUGUCGGAGAACUAUUAUCAAAUAGUUCUGUAGCGUGGAACGAUGCCGUGACCUUAUCACCACGUGGACCUAAAUUAUCAUUGAAGAUCAUGGCAUCCUUUGAGCGCCCCCCAGUACUGGGGCGAGGAGAAGUCAUCAGUGAACUUGAAAUAUCGUGGCAUGAGCUGUGCAAGCAUGGAGACGAACCCUUUGAUCUAUACUUUUCACCCAUUCGUGACGUCCAGCCUUCUCUGACGCUGAAGGUCGCUGCUGUGCAUGGAAGUGGAAUUCAUCAUCACACAUACGUAGGCCACAUGCGAUUUGCCAAAUACAUCGCAAGCGAGAAUUUGAACGUCCGAGCAGCUGAACUGACCGAAGUUUUGAAGCAUUUCCAGUUCGUUCUGGAGCAAUGUCCAGUCAAUCAUCCUCAUCGUGCUGCUGCUCUGACUAAUCUCGCGUGGGCCCGCCUUCAAGGGUACAUUCUCAAGGACCUUCAAGACAUUGACUUGACUAUAUCUCUAUUCCGCGACGCCCUUGCAUUGUGCCCGCAGGACCACCCCAAUUAUCCUUUUUAUAUCUAUCAUCUCACCGAAGCAUUGACUAGACGCCCGACUACUGCUGCCAGCAUCCGCGAAUCCGCCCAGCUCUAUCAUGAGCUACUACCUCUCUGUCGCGAGGGCACAUACCUUUGGAGCAUCGCAAUAGGGGAUAAUUGCAUCGGUCAUGUCAUCCGCGAAUGCAAUGAUUUACCAAUAGACGUGUCCGAUGAAGGCAUUCACCUUCGACGAAUUGUGCUUCAGCUCUGCCAACUGGGUCAUCAAUGCCGUCUCGAUGCCCUUACUAAGCUUGCAAAAGCGCUAGAAGUACGCUUCGAACAACGCGGCAGCAUUGAUGAUAUAAACGAGAGUAUACAACUCCAUCGUGACGCCGUUUCUCUGUGCCCUGAGGGACAUCCUGAUCGUGGUACCUACUUGAGAAGCUUGGCUGUGGCACUCAGCGACUGCCGCUUCAAUCACGAAGGAAAAUCUCACGACAUCAAUGAAGCCAUUUCUUUGCACGAAGAAGCGCUGCUCCUUCACCCUGUUGGACAUGAAUCUCGUGAUAGAGCACUGAGCAGCCUAGGACGUGCCAUCCUCUACCGCUUCCAACAAUGCAGUGGUAUCAGUGAUAUCAAUGAUGUCAGCAGGGCAAUCAACCUCCAUCGUGAAACACUGAUGUUGCGACCACUUGGACAUCCACGACGGGACACCACACUCAAUGAUCUUGCCUGCGCGCUCAUCGUUAGAUAUCGUAGCGUGCAUACUGGCGAUGAUCUUGACGAGGCCAUCGGGCUGUUCCGUGAAUCCCUUCUUUUACCGGAGCCAGAGCGCCGUAGAACUCGCAGUUUGAGCUUGGCGCUCUGCUGUCGUUUCAAGCAAACUCGAAUAAAGAAAGAUAUCGAGGAGGCCAUUCAUCUUUGCCAACGAUCAUUGAAUGCUUUACCUUCACUGCAUCCCGAAAAAUGUCUCGGCUAUAUGCAACUGCAGACGGCUUAUCUUUGUCGCUACCAGAUUCUACGCAAUGCUGCUGAUCUGUCACUCGCAGUGGAUAACUUUAGUCUGGCAUCAAGGCACCCAACGCAAGGCUUUCCACAGCGCAUUCAAGCAGCUUCGAGCUGGGUUGAAACGGCCGAGAGUUAUUGUCAUGAAUCUGCGCUCGAGGCCUAUGCAAUGUGUUUCGAGCUUCUUGAUGGUCAUUUGGCAACACGAUCAACUACUACAUCACGUCGCGAAGCUGCCGCUGCCUUUUAUUAUACCAGGUCACUACCUGCAGAUGCAGCAUCGUGCGCCGUGCGCCGUAAAAAUCUAUCAAAGGCGGUCGAACUCGUGGAACAGGGCCGUGGCCAACAGUGGUCGCUGGCCUCCCGACUCAGGACUCCGCUUGAGGACCUCAACUCCACGAAUUCCCUCAUAGCCAAAGAAUUCUUGAAGCUUAGCAAUCGCUUGUCCAACGUUCAAGGUUUUACAGGCAACACAGACCAAGCUACAGUAGUUGGGGCAGAGAAGGAGUACAGGACGCUUACGAAGCAGUGGAAUGCUGUCGUAGCUGAAAUCCGUAACAUUCGGGGUUUCUCGCGAUUCCUGCUCUCCCCCUCGUACAAGGAACUACAAGUGGCAGCACGCCGGGGCCCAGUCAUCAUCCUUAUUGCGAGUAAAUACUCAUGCAGUGCCGUUAUUGUCCCCACAGCAGGAGAGCCCCAUCAUGUCGCCUUCCUGGGGCUCGCUCUUGCAGAUCUGGAGAAGCUCAAAAAUGACUUCGCCAAGGCGUUACGCCGCGCGGCUGGUAUGCGCCAAGAAGAUCCGAGGAAGGACUUGCGAGUUUUGCUGCGUACUGUAUGGAAAGAGAUCAUGCUACCCAUUGUUAACAUCCUCCGACAUGUCCUGAAAUUGCAGAAACGGUCUCGAAUAUGGUUGUGUCCAACAGCAGCCUUUACUGGUAUCCCCCUCCAUGCAGCUAACCCCUUUCGGAUGGGGAUGAAGGAUGGCUGCCCCGGACCGGAGGAAUGCCUGGAAGAUAUCUAUAUCUGCUCUUACACGCCGACACUUUCGGCUUUGAUCAGAGCAAGACGGAUGAUGAAGACGCGCGCGGCGCCAACUUUCGUGGCCAUCGGACAGAGUCAACCAGGCGCAGGACAGGGCACGGUCCUUGCCACUGUUGACAGCGAGCUUGACGAAGUCCAUAAACAUGUUCCCCCCAAUGUCAAGUUCACUAAUCUUUCUGGCGACGAAGCCACACAGGCAGGUGCACUCGAAGCUUUGCGAUGCAACACCUGGGUGCAUCUCGCUUGUCAUGGCAAACAGGACCAGGAUCAGCCUUACAAUUCACGUUUCGCCAUGAGAGACAAACCUCUCACAUUGCUUGAUAUCAUGGAGAACAACUCUCCACGAGCUGAGUUCGCAUUCUUAUCAGCGUGUCAUACCGCCGCUGGUGAUAAGGAGACGCCCGACGAGGUCAUCCACCUUGCAGCUGGUCUGCAGUUUUCAGGUUUCAAAAGCGUGAUUGGCACGCUGUGGGCGGUCGACGACGCUGUCGCAAAACACGUCGUCGAGGCUUUCUACAAGAAGAUGUUCAAAGAGGGCGUCAUGGACUGUACAAAGGCAGCAUUAGCUCUAAACUAUGCUACGGCUGCCGUGAAGAAGGAAGUGCCACUCGAGCAGAGGAUUGUUUUCAUUCAUAUCGGUGUGUAGUUCUAUUUCAUAUU